UCAUGAAUACAACCUUAUUAGUAGCCCUUUAAGCUGGCAAUUAAGUGAGUAUGCUUCGUUGUCAAUUUUGAAGCCCAAUUCUCGGUCUUCUUAAGAAUAAUGGAGUGUGUUUUCCUUGGAGGUUUGGAGUUUUUUUAAUCCCAGACCUCACUAGUUAAAAAUCAACUCCAAAUGAACCCGGAAGUUCUCUUCAUUUGCACUUGAUAAUUUAAGGAGGACUAAAGAUAACGCCUCAUUACAGUCAUACUGAAUGGCACGUAUUCUAAAUGGCAUUUGAACGCAAGGUGCUGCAUCCAGUUCCUUUCUAUAGGUGGAUUCUGAAAGGUUUUGGUCAGAGAUUCGUCUAUUUGGAUUUUUUUACAUUUUUCGAAAAUGGCCGGACAUCGGUCAUGGGGGAAAAUAGCUUUAAGCAGGUGGUUAGAUACCUCCCUUCCUUAAUAAGGUAGCUGACGUCAGAGCUACGGGGCGGUCUUUGUGUGUUUGUGUGCGGGUGCGCGUGUUUGAGAGAGAAAAAGAGGGAGAGAGAGAGAGAGAGAGUAUGGGAGGAGGUGGGAUGUUCCCAAUGCGCAUGUGUGGACAGUGAUCUGUGCUGCGGUGGAAAAGGGGCUGGAGACACACAACUAAAGAGAUGGCGCGGCACCCGACAGGAGCGCGAGGACAGCUGGUUGGCGGUGGGGGGGCUUGAAUUAUAAAGGUAAAUCAGGAAGAAGAAAAAAUAAAAUAAUAAUAAUAACAAAACAACAAAAACAGCGACAAGAAAACGGAAUUCGGGAAAGGAGUUUCCUUUCUGCAAAGCAGCGACAGAGGUAGGAGAAUAUAUGUGUGACUGGAAGGACAGAGAAGAGGCAAAUGCAAAGGGGGUUCCUACGGGAGGAAGAAGAAAAAAAAGCAACUUAAUAAAAAUUGAACUUUACCGGACGCGAGGACUUCUGGACAUCACCUUACUGCGGUAGACCAGAUAGAUGGUUUGUCCACAGCGCUGCCCGGAUCAUGAACGCACAACUGUCGAUGGAUAUUGGCGACCUGCACGGAGUGAGCCAUGAGUCCGUGGCCGGUCACGGAGAGCUGAUGAGUGGCCACAGUCCGCACGCUCGUCCGAACCCCCGGGGCCUGAGCCACCGCGCCAUGGGCAUGGCCACCCUGCUGGAUGGCGGAGACUAUCACCCCGGUCACCACGGACACAUGCAUCCAGCCAUCAGCAUGUGUGAAGCCCCCCCCGGCAUGAGUGCGAGCAGCACUUACACGACCCUGACCCCCCUGCAGCCCUUGCCCCCCAUCUCCACCGUGUCCGACAAGUUUUCUCCCCAUCACCACCACCACCACCACCACCAUCCUCACCAUCCUCACCAUCACCCCCACCAGAGGAUUCCCGGAAAUGUCAGCGGAAGUUUCACGCUGAUGCGAGAGGACCGGAGUCUGGCGCCUAUGAACAGUCUGUAUCCCGCAUAUCAUCACAAAGAUCCCUGCAUGGGCCAGAGCCUCUCUCCGUUGUCCGGCUCCGGCCUGGCCAGCAUACACACGUCCCAGGCCGGUAUCCCUCCCUACGCCCAUCCCGGUGCCGCCAUGCCCGGUGAGAAGAUGCUCACCCCCAGUGGGUUUGAGGCCCACCACCCGGCCAUGCUCGGCAGACACACGGAGCAGCACAUGAGCUCCUCGGGGGGCAUGGUUCAAAUCAACGGCCUCCACCACCACCCACACGCCCACGUCGGCGCGCAGGGGCACGGCCAGGGGCUGGUGAACAGCCGAGAGCAGGCCUCCGGUCCCGGACAGCAAGGGGGCGGCGGCGGUGGCGGGGGUGGUGUUUCUGGGGGCCAGAUGGAGGAGGUGAAUACAAAAGAGGUGGCGCAGAGGAUCACCACGGAGCUGAAGCGCUACAGCAUCCCUCAGGCCAUCUUUGCCCAGCGGGUCCUGUGCAGGUCCCAGGGGACCCUGUCCGACCUGCUGAGGAACCCCAAACCCUGGUCCAAACUCAAGUCCGGUAGAGAGACGUUCCGCCGCAUGUGGAAGUGGUUGCAGGAGCCUGAGUUCCAACGCAUGAGUGCGCUCAGGCUCGCAGGUGAGCGAAGCCUCGCAUGCAAGCGCAAGGAACAGGACCACGGCAGAGGCGAGCGGGGGAGCGUGUCCAAGAAGCCCCGGCUGGUGUUCACAGAUGUGCAGCGGCGGACGCUGCACGCCAUCUUCAAGGAGAACAAGCGUCCGUCCAAAGAGCUGCAGAUCACCAUCGCGCAGCAGCUCGGCCUCGAGCUGACCACGGUCAGCAACUUCUUCAUGAACGCACGCCGCCGGAGCCUAGACAAGUGGGUGGACGACGGCUCCGGUCACCCCCCCAAUUCCUGCACCAAAGCCUGAAGACGGACUGAUGUGACCAACUCCUGGACUGACUCGGUGGAAAAGCUUUAAAACUGAAGAGAAACAAAGAGAAACUUAAAAAGAACUUGAAGCAACGUUUUGCCCUUAAACCUGUACUAUAUUGAUAUUUAUAGUAUCCAAAGAUGAAAAAAAAACAAAAACCAAAGACUUCUUGUUUGACCUGCUUUUGAAAACUUUGUUUCAGCAACACAUUUAAGUGUAACAUACUGCAAAAAGACUAUAGUUUAACCCCCCC